CCGGUACCUCCGGGCCCCUUCCUCGCGCUCCGGCCCCCGGCAGCCGCAGGCCCCCGGCGCUGCCCCCGCUCCGCUCCGCUCCGGCCCGGCCCCUCCGCCCCCUGCCGCAGCCGGGGCCCGGCAGCCGGGGCCAUGCUGGGCAAGGACUACAUGCUGGCCAUCAUCCUCGUCAACUGCGACGACAACCUCUGGAGUGAUCAGAGCCUGGAGAUGGACACAGACCUCCCCCCAGGCUGGAGGAAAAUCCAUGACACUCUGGGCACCUACUACUGGCACGUGCCCACUGGCACAACACAGUGGCAGCACCCUGCACAUACCACGAGCCCAGGAGGGUGCCUGAAGGCUGAUGGAGAGGAGACGCUCCAGGACAUGGACUGCCAGGCCUCCGUCGUGAAGCACCCAACAAAAACCAGGCCCAUUCCCAGCCCCAUGGCUUCGCUCUCCAGGAGGACCUCACUGCCCUGGCACAGAGACGACUUCCAGCACAGCACGGAGCCCAGCUCAAAGUGCUUCGCUGUACGUUCACUGGGCUGGGUCGAGAUCCCUGAGGAGGACCUGGCACCUGGCAAGAGCAGCAUCGCUGUCAACAACUGCAUCCAGCAGCUCUCCAACAGCAAGUGCCAGGGCCAGGGCUCUGCAGACAACUGGGGUGAGGGCCAGGACCUGGUGAUGAUCCUGAAGAAGGACACCAUGAGCCUGGUAGACCCCCUCGACCACAGCCUCAUCCAUUGCCAGCCCAUCCUCAACAUCCGUGUCUGGGGUGUUGGCUGCAACAAUGGCAGGGACAGGGACUUUGCGUUUGUGGCCAGUGACAAGGAUACCUGUGUGCUCAAGUGUCACGUCUUCCACUGCAACGUACCUGCCAAGGGCAUCGCCAAGGCCUUGCACAAAAUGUGCUCCAAGAUCGUGGCCGAGCGAGCAGUAGCGAGCAGCAGGCUGCCACACGCCAUCACGCUGGAACCCAUCUCCACUAACGACCUGCCAUUGCAAGUGGAUAUCCUGGAUGCCGUGAGACAGUCGAUCCAGAAGUAUGAAGCACUGUACAUCGGCAGCCUGCCUGUACCCAGGGCCAUGGGGAUGGACGUACUGAAUGAGGCCAUCGAGAAGCUGACGAGAGGCCCUGGGCGGGAGUGCUGGACGCCCUCCCUCAUCAGCGUGUCCGACACAGCCAUGCGGGUGCACCCUGCACAGCAGGAGGAAGAGAGGACCCACAUCUGGGAGUGCCAGGUGCGAUAUGUGACCUUCCUCGGGGUGGGCAGGGAUGCACACACCUUUGCGCUCAUCGUGGACACGGGACAGCACUUUCAGUGCACAGCAUUCUGGUGUGAGCCCGAUGCUGGCACCAUCUCGGAGGCGGUGCAGGCAGCUUGCAUGGUGCAGUACCAGAAGUGCCUGGUGGCCGCCGCGCCGGGGGCGAGGCCGAAGCGCGCACCCGCGGAGGGGCGGCGGGCGGCGGCCGGGGACGCCCCGGGCGGGCCGUUCGCCGGGGAGGUACCGAAGGCGAGCGGGGGCAGCGGCGGGGCUGCGGGGCCCGGGCCUCGCAAGCGCGGCGUCUUCUCCUUCCUGGAGGCCUUCCGCCAGAAGCACUCCCUGCUGCACCUGCCCUAGCGGGGCGAGCCCGGGGCUCGGCUCGGCCGGAGCGCGGCCGCCGGCGAGGACCCCGCCGUCGGAACCCCCCCCCGGCUGCGGGGGCCGGGG